UGUUUUCCGGCGCGUGCCCGCUCACGGUGGCCUUCCUGGUGUCGGAGCUAGAGGACGUUGGUGUCACAGAGUAGCGGGGGCUGUUCGGCCGCUUAUCUAUUCGCCAAAUUAAAGAAACAAACACCGUAAAGUUGAAGAGAAUGCUUUCCCGGACGGUGAAACCGGCGCUGAGCCUCGCGCGGAGUUUGUCCACGUCGUCGCGGAGCCGCGCUAAGGUGGCGGUGCUCGGCGCGUCGGGCGGCAUAGGCCAGCCGCUCUCCCUGCUGCUGAAGAACAGCCCCCUGGUGAGUCAGCUCUCCCUCUAUGAUAUCGCUCACACCCCCGGGGUGGCCGCGGACCUCAGCCAUAUCGAGACCAAGGCCCGCGUCAGCGGCCACCUGGGUCCGGAUCAGCUGCAGGCGGCGUUGCAGGGCUGUGAGGUGGUGGUGAUCCCGGCAGGUGUGCCCAGGAAACCCGGCAUGACCCGCGACGACCUCUUCAAUACCAACGCCACUAUCGUGGCCACCUUAGCCGACGCCUGCGCCCUCCACUGCCCCGAGGCCAUGAUCUGCAUCAUCGCCAACCCGGUCAACUCCACCAUCCCCAUCACGGCAGAGGUCCUGAAGAAACGUGGCGUCUACAACCCUAACAGGGUGUUCGGGGUCACCACCUUGGACAUAGUCAGAGCCAACACGUUCGUGGCGGAGCUCAAAGGCCUGGACCCGGCUCGGGUCAACGUGCCGGUCAUCGGCGGCCACGCGGGGAAGACCAUCAUCCCGCUGAUUUCUCAGUGCACUCCCAAAGUCGAGUUCCCCGAAGACCAGCUGAUGACGCUGAUCGGCAGGAUCCAAGAGGCCGGCACAGAGGUGGUCAAGGCCAAGGCUGGUGCCGGAUCUGCUACCCUCUCUAUGGCCUACGCCGGCGCCCGCUUCACCUUCUCACUGUUGGACGCCAUGAACGGGAAGGAAGGCGUGGUGGAGUGCGCCUUUGUCCGGUCAGAGGAGACGGAAUGCAAGUACUUCUCCACGCCGCUGCUCCUGGGCAAGAACGGCAUCGAGAAGAACCUCGGCCUCGGCAACCUGUCUGCCCUGGAGCAGAAGCUGGUGGCCGAGAGCGUGGGCGAGCUGAAGGCCUCCAUUGCCAAGGGGGAGGAGUUUGUAGCCAAAAUGAAGUGAAGACGUGACAUUUAGCUGUAAACAGAUCUGUGAAUGAGAAUUUGUUCAAAACGUAACGGCGUCCUUCAGUGUUUCCUCGUUGCUUUGUUCUGGCCGCGUGAUGAUUUGAAAAAUUUUGGUUGUCUUUUUUUUUUGUUUAAGUUGCUGUGUUUUGUUUUUGUUUUUUUUUUUUCAGCACAGCUGUAAUUGUGCACACGUACUGUAUGUACCACGACUCUAUAUUUUGCAAACUUAUAUAAAACAUCUUUUUUUUUUCUUUCUGCGGACAGUACUGAUUCCAAAGGAUUUCUCUGCUGAUUGUGAGGAAAUGCUGUUGUCAUGCCUGUUGAUGCAGAUUCAUGUUACUGAUGAGCAAAAUACUCUCUCAUAUAAUAAAAGACUUUAGUUUGGAAA